AAGGCGACCAACAUGAAAUUCAUCAUUGGCAUUGGAGGAGUGACCAACGGUGGCAAGACCACCCUGACUAACAGAUUGCUCAGGACGUUGCCCAACUGCUGCGUUGUGCACCAGGAUGACUUUUUCAAGAAACCCGAUCAAAUAGAAGUCGGGGAGGACGGCUUUAGACAGUGGGAUGUCAUUUCGGCCCUGGACAUGGAGGCCAUGGUCAGCACGGUGAAAGGCUGGCAGGAAAACCCAAUCAAGUUCGCCCGCUCCCACGGCGUCAGCCUGUCACCCGAAGCCGAGGAAUGCGACUCGGACCAUAACGGGAUCCAUAUUCUCAUCGUGGAGGGCUUCCUCAUCUACAACUACAAGCCUCUUAUCGACAUCUACGACAGGUGUUUCUACGUUUCGCUUCCUUAUGAGGAGUGCAAGAAGAGAAGAAGUACGAGAACGUACACCGUUCCUGACCCUCCCGGUCUGUUUGAUGGCCACGUCUGGCCCAUGUAUCUGAAGCACCGCAAACAAAUGGAGAGCCAGUGUGACAGAAUAGAGCACCUCGACGGAAUGAUGUCGAAAGACGACAUUUACUCCGUCGUGUUUGAGAGCAUCCAGAAUGCCCUUCUCAACAACUCAUAGCAGGAACCCGGCUGGCAGGAUCUCGUGUAUAGAUAAUGUAAAUAACGACGACCAUUUUGAUGACACGUACGCCUCGUAGGAUGUGUAAAUAGUUGUGCCGAGCAGCACACACCCUCUUUUGUAUCAAUGUCCCCAAAAGUUAAAAAGCCACCCGUGCCGUCGGCUCGGGUUGAACCGACAUCACAAGCACAUAAAGUCAACAGAGGAAUGCAACAACCUGUUUCCUGUUGUCUUUUUCACACACUAGCACUUUUAUAACAAUAUAGAUUAGAUCAAGUCCAAUGACAUAAACUUUUUUUUAUAUGAUCUAAACCAACUUCCAGGGGAGAAAAAAAUUGUGACCUUGUAUUUUUUUUUUUUUUGCUACAUUUUGUCUGCAUUAAAAGCUGCCUUGAAAUGCCAGGAGACGUUUUAAAUCUCUAAAAUUACUGGUUACGUACGUUUC